UAUGAUCAGUACGUUGACAACACUGGACCGUGUCCGUUCGUUUGUCUCGUUGUCCCCCCAUCAAACAGACUUCCAAUCAGACAUAACUUAUUUCGAAACACAGACUCUGACUGAAUCGGGAAUUAUUGGAAAAUCUGCAGAUCGCUGAAGAUUUCCACAUGUGGCGAAAACGUGCGCUUACGUCGUUGCGUGAUUGUGUGUGGUGAGUUCUCUUCUCCCACUGGCCCCCCAGCCCCCAACGAGCUCCCCGCGCAAAAGUAAAGUUUAGUGCAAAUAAAUUGCCUUUGCUUAUCUCGGGGCGCGUUCGCGUUCGCGUCAUGAAAGUGUGUGUGCCGCGUGUGCGAGAGUGUUGUUAAUUAAUUAACAAAAGUCGCUCCUGUUUAGCGAACAAUAACAACUCGAAUUCGAAAAAAUUCGAGCAAAUAUUCGAGGGAAAAUAACCGCCAAAUUCUGCACUGCAUAUGGGCCAGUUUGGGGCGCCCACUAUCCGACCGACCGCCCACCGCUUGCACUCUGGAGCCAGAAAACGAAAGUUCUUUCCUAAAAGUAACAACAACAACAAGUGCGCAGAGCGCCACACAGCCAAGAGCGAGCAAGAGAGGCUCUCGGAGACUUGGCCUUGAACUUGUGCGCGAUACAAGGCGGGAAUCGGCGUAAGCUGACUACUGAUGCAUGGGUAUCUCAUCGGUUGCAUUGCGGUUGAAGGUUCCUGGAGGCUAUCCUGGAGAUAGGCAGCCAAGGAACAGCUUGCUACAAAAUCAGUUACCUGAAGACACUUUAUAUACAUAUGUGAAAUAGUAUGUCGUUUUGAGAAGCCGUCCGUUUACAAAGAACUUCUACAACAAAAAGGAUAAUAAAUUUAUAUACCAAAUAGCAUAACUAUGCCCCGAAGCUACAGCCAACCCAAGAGGAAACCGAGGAGCCACUAACCGAGUUGUCCGGAUCCAGUUGAGCCGGAAAAUCCAGCCCAGAAACAAAAAAAGUCACUUAAACCAAUAACAACCAGAGACGAAAUCUAGCCGAGAUGGGUCGCAAAAAAAUCCAAAUAUCACGCAUCACCGAUGAGCGCAAUCGGCAGGUGACCUUCAAUAAGCGAAAGUUCGGGGUCAUGAAGAAGGCCUACGAGCUGUCCGUGCUCUGCGACUGCGAGAUCGCCCUGAUCAUCUUUUCGUCGAGCAACAAACUGUACCAGUAUGCCAGCACCGACAUGGACCGCGUCCUCCUCAAGUACACGGAGUACAACGAGCCCCACGAGUCCCUCACCAACAAGAACAUAAUCGAGAAGGAGAACAAGAACGGUGUUAUGUCGCCGGACUCGCCCGAGGCGGAGACAGACUACACACUGACGCCGCGAACGGAGGCCAAGUACAACAAGAUCGACGAGGAGUUCCAGAACAUGAUGCAGCGCAACCAGAUGGCCAUCGGCGGCGGGGCAGGAGCGCCCAGGCAGCUGCCCAACAGCAGCUACACCCUGCCGGUGUCGGUGCCGGUGCCGGGGUCGUACGGGGAGAACCUGCUCCAGGCCAGUCCCCAGAUGUCCCACACCAAUAUCAGCCCACGUCCAUCGAGUUCGGAGACGGAUUCAGGUGGGAUGUCCUUGAUAAUAUAUCCAUCGGGUUCCAUGCUGGAGAUGUCGAACGGCUAUCCGCAUUCACACUCGCCGCUUGUGGGAUCACCGAGUCCAGGUCCCAGUCCAGGCAUAGCUCACCACUUGUCCAUUAAGCAGCAGUCGCCGGGCAGCCAGAACGGACGAGCUUCCAAUCUAAGGGUCGUCAUACCGCCCACCAUAGCACCCUUACCGCCCAACAUGUCCGCCCCCGACGACGUUGGCUACGGAGAUCAACGACAGAGUCAGACGUCGCUGAACACGCCCGUGGUUACGCUACAGACACCGAUCCCUGCCCUCACGAGCUACUCCUUUGGAGCGCAGGACUUCUCUUCCUCCGGCGUCAUGGGCAGUGCGGACAUCAUGAGCCUAAAUACUUGGCACCAGAGCCUGGUGCCGCACUCUAGUCUCUCACACCUGGCUGUCUCGAAUAGCACGCCGCCACCUGCCACCUCACCCGUUUCCAUCAAAGUCAAGGCCGAGCCCCAGUCGCCGCCCCGCGACCUCUCCGCGAGCGGCCAUCAGCAGAACAGCAACGGCUCCACGGGUAGCGGCGGCUCCAGCAGCACCACCAGCAGCAACACCUCCGGGAACGGGGGCGGAGGAGGCGGUGGCCUGGCGGCCGCCAGCACAGCCAACGUCAUCACGCACUUGAACAACGUCAGUGUCCUGGCCGGGGGCGGUCCCUCCGGCGGUGGAUCCGGCAGCGGUGGAGGAGGAGGCGCCAGCAACGGCAGCGUGGAGCAGGCCACCAAUCUGAGUGUGCUGAGCCACUCGCAGCAGCAGCACCUGGGCAUGCCCAGCUCCCGACCCUCGUCGACGGGCCACAUCACGCCCACAACAGGGCAUGAUAAGUAUGAUGGAUAUCCGUACCGCGCGCUAAUGGGACAUAAUCCUAGAUGGAAUUUUGCCGACUUCAUUAUUUUGAACACAGGGGCGCCCAGCAGCGACCAGGACGUGCGAAUGGCGGCCGCCGCCGUCCAGCAGCAGCAACACCAGCAGCAGCAGCAGCAGCAGCAGCAACAGCAACUGGGCGACUACGAUGCCCCCAAUCACAAACGGCCCAGAAUAUCGGGCGGGUGGGGUACAUAGCCCGCUCGUAUCUCCGGCAGCAACCACUUCAAGCAACAUCACAACAACCCAGGGGGUGGCGGUGGUGUUGGCAUCUACAACAGCGUCAGCAGGAGCAACAUCAACAACAGCAACACGAAGUCGGAGGAUGAUGAUCUAGUGAUGAUGCCGCCACCGCCGCGCAAGGAGAUCCUGGUCCGUGGCUCGUCCUACAGCCUGGCGGGAUACGACUGUUUUGGCCAGCAGCUGGCUGUGGGCUAUGGGCCGCAGAAUAAUCCGUAAUUAGAUGAUCGGAUGAUGAAGGAGUUCCAACAAUAACAACCGUAACCGGACCAGUGCAAAAGUUUCAAAAGCGGAGAACGAAUCACUUUUCGUUGAAGCUGAAAACAGAAAACAGAAAAGAGAAAAAACAAAAUUGCAAAAAAAACAGUGACAGUGUCAUAUCUAUAGUUAUUGUAAUUUAUAUAAAAAUAAUUACACAUGUAUGGUAAUAGUUAUAUUUUUAAAUUAUACACGCAAGGAUGCAGAUCCUCGAGCCGUCGAGCAGGAGGAGGAGGAUUAGUGCGCGGAGAGCCAAGUUAAGUUGUUUAGAACGUUGAGCUGAGUUAGUUUAGUUACACAUUACAAACUACAAUUACAGAGUUAAAUACUAUGGUUAAAGUUAAUGUUUAUUCUAAUCUAAGGACAAACGAUGAUUCAGAAAAGGAAAAGAAAAAAAUAACAGCCCCGCGGCUGAGCUGUUUGUGUAAAUAUUCUGAUUUUAGCUCUAUAGGCACUAAAAAUUAGUUUGUAAUUACGAGAGAUACGUAAACCAAGCAAAUCAUUUAAAAUAACUUUUGGAGGAAUCGAGAAAUUUGAAACACUAGCUAGCUGGCUGCUAGAUGGUCGCAGUGUUUAUAAUUUUAUAAAUUUCGUGCAAUUUUACGGUUUAUUUUGGCCAACCUUUAUUUGUUUAGACUCGGACUAACUUUAUUCUUAUGUUUUAAUUUCGAUUUAAGCUAAUUUAGUACAAGCCAACUUUGUCUUUCAUUUUUUAAGCGAAACGAAGUCAUAAUUUGUAAUUUACGUUUAAUGAGGAUUUCUGUUAAUUUUGUUGCCUAAGUUUUUUGUAUUUUUACAAUUUGUGAAUUGUAUGAGCCGAGUUUGUAAAACUACAAUUAUUGCAAACGCAAUAGAAAUCGCAAUCGCAACAAGAACUCAACAAAAUAAAAUUUAAAUAAAAUUAUUCAA